AUGAUGUUCUCUACGGGAAGCUUGAAGGCCCCGGGUCCUGAUGGUAUGUCAGUUCUCUUCUUCAAACACUACUGGAACUUUAUGGGGAAGGAUUUCUGUGAUGUAGUGGUGGACUUUUUCCAGUCAGGGAAUAUGCAUAGAGGCUUUAAUGCUACAAAUAUUACCCUCAUUCCUAAGGUUCCCAACCCUAAGAAAGUGUCCCGAUUCAGACCUAUCUCCUUGUGUAAUGUGAUUUACAAGUUUAUUAAUCACGUUCUGCGUAGUUUCAAGGCCACUGACAAAUUCUACCAUUGGGUCAGUCAGUGUAUCACAACAACUUCUUUCAACCUUUUCCUCAAUGGAAGAAAGUUUAACAGUUUGACUCCGGAGUGUGGCAUAAGACAAGGAGACCCCCUAUCUCCCUACAUCUUUAUCUGGGUGGGUAAAAUCCUCUCGCGUAUCAUUGAGCAUGCCAUCGAUAGAGGUACCAUCAAAGGCAUAAAGCUGAGCAGAGAUGGCCCCAAACUCUCUCACCUUUUCUUUGCUGAUGAUCUGAUCCUUGUUGGCAGGGCAAACCUUGAAGAAGCUAGGAGUUUGUGGCAUUGCGUGGAGAAGUUUUGUGAUUGGUCUGGUCAGAAAAUUAAUAAGCUCAAAAUCUCUAUUUUCUUUAGCGGUAACACAAGUGAUGGUAUGAAACGAGGUAUCAGGAUUGAACUGUCACGCCAAAAAGAUGCGGACUUUAACUUCAUCCUUGAUAACCUGGUGUCAAAACUUCAUGGGUGGAAAUUAAAAACAUUAUCCAAGGUCGGUCGUGCUACGUUGAUCAAGUCGGUGGGGCUGGCUUUGCCUAUCUACUCGAUGCAUACGACAAAGCUGUCUAAAAAGCUUGCAUCUCGGAUUGAUGGUAUGAUGAGGGACUUUUGGUGGGGUUGUGAGCAAGGUAAUAGAGGCAUCUGUCUUAAAGCCUGGGACCAGUUGUGCCUCCCCGAAUCCCGGGGAGGGCUUGGAUUUAGAAAGACUGUGGAGAUGAACCAAGCGUUGUUGGCCAAGUGGGGUUGGGCUCUGCUUACUGAAGAACAGUCGAUGUGCUGUAAUGUCCUCAAAUCUAAGUACCUUAAGGGUAAGCAGUUUCUUGACUGUGAGGUUAAGAGCUCAGAUUCUUGGUUUGGGAGAAAUGUGGUGCGAUCUAAAGAGACUUUAAGAAAAGGGGCAUGCAAGCUAAUAUCUGAUGGGAGAGAGACAAGUAUUUGGAAUGACCCUUGGGAAACUAUUAGAAACAUCUUAAGAGGCGGUAAUCCAAGCGGCCAGAGAAGGGAUAGAUGGGUCUGGACAAAGGAACCUAAUGGCCUGUUUUCAACCAAGUCUGCCUAUCUUAUACAAGCGCUCGCUGAGGCGCCUUCGUGCACCAUUGCUCCGACAUUAUGGAACAAACUCUGGAACUCAAAGAUUUUAGAACGACACAAAGUUCAUUGGUGGAGUAUCCUCUCCAAUGCACUACCCCUAAGAGCCCUUCUUGCUAAGAGGAUGGGUUUUGAGGAGGUCUCCUGCCCUAUUUGUGGGGAGAUGAGGAGACCACAGAGCACUUGUUCCUGUACUGCAACUUUGCUUUCCACUUUUGGAGGUCUUCUCCUUGGGGGUCAUGCCUGUCCUGGAUUCUGGAGCCCGAAUGUGGGACUGGAUUAUGGCUCCUGCUUGUUUUCCCCACCACAGCCUUCUGAAACUCUUGCUUGGUCUCCACCUCUGGAGGAUUGGGUUAAAAUCAAUUGCGAUGUAAAGGUCGGAGGCGACACUAUGUGUGCUGUGGCAAUUGCAAGGGACCAUAAGGAAUCAGUUUUGUGGGUGGCGGCAAAAAGACUACACUUCUCGGACCCACUCACUGGAGAAGCUGCGACCUGUCUUUUAGCUAUGGAGACGGCCGUCUCAUUGCAUCAUCCUUUUGUUAUGGUGGAGAGUGAUUCUGAGAUUGUUAUCAAGAACCUAAGAGGGACUGACUCCUUUUGGGGAAUCGAGAACUAUGUGCGACAAUGCAAGAUCCUCUCUGGUUUUAUGACUAAUUGUAAUUUUUCUUGUAUUUCUAGAAACAGUAACUAUGCGGCCCAUAAUAUGGCCAAAUGGGCGUUUACCAACAAUGUUACGGGGAUGGUAGAGAUAUCUACUAUACCUGGUAAUAUCUUUUGUAAUGACCGUCAGGUCUAA